GAGUGGGGGGAUAAGGAGAUACCGAGUAUACUGGACCUAGAGGGGUAGCGAGGAUCAUGUAGGUUGAAAGAAGCUUCUCCUAUCUCAUGGCGACCGAAACUCCUCAAACUGCUCAACCAACCGACUGGCAGGAGCUGGUUGCUCGCAAGCGUCGCGAAUGUCAGGACAAAAUUCCUCGCGAAUGGACGCUUAGCGCAGAUAUUCUGAAAGAGCUCCCCAAGAAUCUGCUGGAGUAUGAUCUCCCACGUCGUAGCGGUCUCCUGUCGGAUCUCGAGCUCGAUGUUACUGAGAAUUAUACCGCAACUGAGCUGUUGAUCAAGCUGGCCUCGGGCCAGGUUAGUUCUCUGGAGGUUACAAUGGCAUUUUCGAAGCGUGCAUGCAUUGCACAGCAGGUGACUUCAUGUCUCACGGAGACCUUCUUCUCGGAAGCUCUAGAGCGAGCUCGCUUCCUCGAUGAAUACCUCCAGCGAGAAGGAAAACCCAUUGGUCCGCUUCAUGGAUUGCCCAUCAGCCUCAAGGAUAGCUUCUGCGUGAAGGGUCUCCAGUCAACCGUGGGAUACGUGGCAUGCUUGAACGAUCCCCCAGCAACGACAAAUUCAGCGCUAGUGACGAUGCUCCUCGAACUGGGAGCCGUGCUAUACGUCAAGACCAAUAUCCCUCAAACGAUGAUGACUGGCGACUCGGAAAACAACAUCUUCGGUCGCACCCUUAACCCGCACAACACCUCCCUGACUGCGGGCGGAUCCAGCGGUGGCGAAGGCUCUCUAGUAGCGUUCCGAGGCUCGAUCCUCGGCGUGGGCACCGACAUCGCAGGCUCCAUUCGUAUUCCAGCUUUAUGCUGUGGUGUGUAUGGGUUCAAGCCAACCGUUGCCCGGGUUCCCUUUGGUGGCCAAUUCUCCGGCGCAAUGGAGGGCUUGCCUGGACUUAUUCCUUCUGCGGGUCCCCUCGGCCAGAGUCUUGCAGAUUUGAAGCUGUUUAUGGAAACGGUCAUCGGGACAGGGAAUGCCUGGCAAUAUGAUCAUACAGCUGCCGCGGUGCCGUGGAACAAGGCUGUGACGGUCGGUAGUGACUAUAACAAAAGUCUGACCAUCGGUGUGCUAUCUGAAGACAAGCACUUCCCGCUCCAUCCUCCUGUGAAACGCGCUUUGGAUCGUGCAAUCAAGGCUCUCACCAAGGCUGGUCACCGGAUUUUCCAGAUUGAAAAUGACACCAAGGAAGAUCUGUCGGUGGCGUAUGCGUCGCGAUUGGCAUUCCAAUAUUUUACCUACGGUCCUCAUGUGGAUAUGAUCAGCCCUAGCGGCGAGCCCCUGGUAGCUUCAGUGGCCAAGUUUGCUUCGCCGAUGUUCUCGGGCCCUUUGCCCGUGGAACAGGAGCAGGAUCCUCUUUACAAGGUAAACGACUUGCAUGUGGCUAAGGGUAAGGUAUCUGAUGCCUGGCGUCAAGAAUGGGUGGAGAAAAAGCUGGAUGUUAUCUUGGCUCCGGGUGCGCAACACACGGCAGUUGGAUUUGAUACUUAUGGUUUCCCGGUGUAUACGUUGUUGUGGAAUUUGCUUGAUUACCCUGCUUGCAUUAUUCCAUUUGGAAAAGCCUCCAAGGAGUUAGACCCUGAAGAGUUGAAAACUGGUGAUGAUGGGCUGGCUGAUUACCACCCAGAGGAAGUUGACGGAGCCCCAUGCGCUAUUCAAGUUAUUACCCCCCGCUUCCAAGAUGAACAGUGCCUCGCCGCGGCUGAACUCAUCGAGCGAGCAAUCCGGGCCUAGCGCGUCCUCGGGAAUUGUGUAAAUAAAUCGGGAAGUAUAGAUAUAGAUCAACAGGUUCAUUGCAAAUA